UACAUGUUGGCAUGAGAAAAUUGAACACGAAAAUUUUUUUCUAAACGCUAAAAGUAAAAAAUAUUGAGCAUUGAGGUGUCAAUGAUGUUGAAGAUUAUUUUGAGUACCGUCAUCGUUGCUGUUUUUACAACUUGGAAUGUUUCUCAACUUCUUGUCAACGCUCUUUAUCUAACAAAAAGAAGUGAAGGAAUUCCUGGAAGAGGUCUAAGCGACUCAUACGUAUUCAACAGCAGCACAGUAAAAUUCUUGGAAGAAUGCUUCAUAAAGUGUCUUCACCAUUGUCUUUGCCUAUCAUUUCAAAUGUGUAAUGACAACCAGUGUCAGAUGCUAUUGAUAAACCAACAUAUUACUCCACUAAAUAACACGUUAACAAACUGCAUAUAUUAUGACAUCAGCGUAAUUGUCCCAAAAGAGGUUAAUGAAAGCAUCCCACCACCACCACCUUGUCAACUACUUUGUAUUGUAAACCCAUGUCAAAAUGGCGGACGUCAUGUUUCUUUCAUUCCUACGACAAAAACCUCACCUCGUUUUAUAUGUGAAUGUGCACCAGGAUACGUAGGAAAUCUUUGUCAAAACAUUGCUAAAUCAUGUCGUGACUACGCCAAAGGAACUCGAAAACCUGGAAUGUAUAAAAUAUUCAAUAGACGGUCGCCUAUAAACGUGUUUUGCGAUUUUGACAAUGAUACUGGUAUGGCGUGGACAUUAAUCCAAACAUACGCAUAUCAAUACAACUCGAUGUUCAAAAAUCUUUCCUUUUACACAAACGAUCGAGUAAAUCAAAGACACUUCAAUUGGGAAAAGUACCGCCAAUCCAGAAGGUUGAUGAAUACCGUAAAAGAAGAUUCAACUAAAUUUCGUAUGACGUGUAACUAUGACAAAGACGGUGUUGUGUAUCGUGACUAUCUUCAAGCAAGUAUUAAACAAGUCAAUGUACUAGGUCCUUUAGAAGGCUGCCAAUUUGUUGAAUUUGUUGACAUUCGGGGGCAAAACUGCACCAACUGCACAGUGUAUAUACAUCAGAGUGACAUUCAAGUUUUUCACGUGGAUUCUUUUCACAAUCAUAAUUGUGGUUUUCUACCAACUGGAGGCAUACCUUGUGACACAUACGAAGGGGAAGACAAUUUUGGUUAUUAUCAAUGCGUUAACAGAAAUCACAGAUGCACGUCUUCAUUAACCGCCACAUCCCAAACAUGGCUUGGAGGGAUAUAAACUAGAAAAUACUGAGUUCUCAAUCCCAUUAAUUCUUAUCAUAAAGAAAAAUUUCGUUCAUCUCUAAAAAAUGUGAGAGAAUAGACGUUAGUCAACAGUUAUACGUUAUUGAACAAUGUUGAAGAUUGCGACAGCAUUACAUGAAUAAUGGCUGUCUUUUUAAAAAGGUAAUCAAUGAUUAUGAAAACCACUUUAAACAGGCAACACGAAAAACCGUGGUUUUAACAAAACUGUAAUGCAUUGCUGCAAGGUUAAAAAAUAAUGAUUUCUUUUGGCCCUAAUAAAAAGUCCUCAAUUAACCAAAAUUGAAGCUUUGAAAUUGUAAAACCACUAGUAUGGAAACUGGAGUAACUUAAUAGUUAGCUAGCUACCUACAAACUUCAACAUUAAGAAUUGCUCUUGCAAAAGGUUCUUAAUUGAGAGAAAAUUUAAACUAUGUAUAGAAUAGAACAAAAUAGAAUAUUUUAGUUUAGCAGGGUAACUUAUUCAGUAAUUGCUGGUAUCUGGGCCCUUGCAUAUUAAACAAAACUUAUAUAUAAUAAACAAAGCGAUUAUACAUUUAUUAAAUUGCUAUAUUUUAAAAUACUAGUUAGUUUAGCGGUUAUUAGAAAUGACUUGUGCUAUAUAACAUGCACCAAGAAAAUCCUUCUUUUUUACCUGAUAUCUUCAGCAGAAAAUAAAUACACCACUAACCAA